AUGACAUCGUGACCUGAUAAUCAACCGAAACAUGCAGCAUUCAACAGCACAGCAAGCGCAUGACUGAGAAGAUUUUGCUUGUACCGCUGCCGAUAUCUUUGAGAACCAGCGAAGAUGACAACCAGCAACAGGAAAAGGUUAAGAGAUGAAGGGAUGCGAGCUAUCUCACAAAUAUAAUAACCUAGAAGAGCUAACCAUUAAACAAUGAUAGAAAUACAGACCAUUCAAGCUGCAUUGGAGCAGCAUGUGGAAGACGAGACCGUGAGAGAUUAUCUCUCAGGGAUCCUGCGAGAGGAAGACGUCUACGACGAUGUGGAAGCCUUGAUCGAUUCGAUCCAACCCUUCCUGGACGAUGAUCGGCAAAUGGCAGAGGCUCUGGUGCGUGCUGUGAGCGGUGACAUUGUGGCAAAGCCCGCAGAGGCCAAACCGGUGCCAGCAGCCCCCGUGACAAGAACCGCGGAGGCACAACAUGACGACACCGAAGACGAAUCUGCAUCUUCUGCUUCCUCACAGGAACGUCAACCGAAAGAAGGAAAAACCACAAAGACCAAGAGCCAUGCAGCGCAACGAAAGGAACGAAGAAGGCAAAAGAAAGAGAAAAAGAGCAAAUCUUCUCCCAAAACAACCAAGCAAACCAAAAAGCAACCAACAGGAGAUAUCAACGAAACGGUGUCUCGCAUCAACGCCCAAAGCGCCCAGGAACUCCAGGAAUUGGACGAUUAUUCCAGUGCCUGGAAAGAGGCCAAAGAAACAGGCCAAGUGUGGGGAGGACGAGGCAAAGGAGGACGAGGAGUCAAUCGAGGAUUGGGGGAAUAUAGAGGCAAAGAUGCCGUGGUCAACCAACUGACACUGUCCUAUGGAGGACGAGACUUGCUUCUCGAAACGCACCUAGCGAUUUCGCAUGGGCAUCGCUAUGGACUGAUGGGACCCAAUGGAUGUGGCAAAAGCACUUUGCUCCAUAGAAUUGCCAGUGAGAAUGUACCUGGUUGGCCGUUGCAUCUGAGUGUGAGAAUGGUCGAACAGGAAGUACUGGGGACACCACAAUCGGUAUUGGAGUGCAUGAAGAACGAAAUGAAGACUGGUGGAGGCGGGAACAGUUCGCAAAAGAAGCAAGAAUUGGAAGAGGAGUUGGCAGAGCUUGAGGCCAUUCUGGAGGACAGCAAUGCCCAGCCUGAGGCCGUGGAAGCGGCCGCCGAACGUCUCAGUGAGAUUUACGAACAGCUCGAGGCGCUCGAGAGUGACGAUGACAAAGAGGAAACUCCUGCUGAAACUGGUGGAGCCUUUGCCCAGCUAGAUAAAAGAGCCAAGAAGAUUCUCAAAGGGCUGCAAUUCAAGGGAUCCUUGUUGGAAGUCCCAGGAAAUCUCCUCAGUGGAGGUUGGCGAAUGAGGCUCGCCCUUGCACAAGCUCUGUACGCGGAGCCUGAUGUCCUUUUGCUGGAUGAGCCCACCAACCACCUUGAUGUCUCUGCCGUUUUGUUCUUGGAAGACUGGAUUGUGGACAACAACCUCACUGUUGUGGUGGUUUCUCACGAUGGACAUUUUCUGGAUGCUAUUUGCACCGACAUGAUCAAGUUUGAAAGCAACCUCAAGCUCAAGUAUCAUGUUGGAAACUAUACCUCCUUGUGUGAAAUGGAAGAGCAAACUUGGGCACGAAACACCAAAAAGGCUGAUGCUGUCGCACGACAAGAGAAAAAGGCCAAGGAAUUCAUCCAAAAGCAACGUGCCAUGAGCAACAAUAAACACAGAGACGACAAUAAACAGCGCCAGGCAGCAGAGCGUCAGAAGAAGCUUGGGCGCCUUGGCCUGUUCAGCGAAAACGGCCAAAAGUUCAAACUCCUAGCUGAAGGCAAUACCAAAGCUGGAGGAUCCAACCGUGCAGGCCACAUCAAUGGCAAUUAUACCAAUGCGGCGGGUUUUCAGUCUUUCUUUGUGAGCAACGAAAAGCACGCCUUUGGCGAGGAUCGUCAAUUGCUGAACUUCAAGUUCCCAGCUGCACCGCCACUAAAGGGCGGAGGAGGCCACCUGAUCACCAUGGAGGAUUGUCGCUUUCGAUACGACGGCACGGAUGACUGGCUGUUGGAGGACAUGUCUUUGAAUUUGUCGUAUGGCAGCCGCGUUGCCAUCGUUGGAAAGAACGGCGCCGGGAAGAGUACACUACUGAAACUCAUGUGCGGAGAGUUGACUGUAAACAAGGGGGAAUUCCACAGCCACCCCAAUUUGAGAAUUGCCCACAUUGCCCAACAUCACAUUGAGCAACUGGGUGAUUACUUGGAAAGCACUCCUGUGGAGUAUUUCCUGCAACAACAUCACGCCAAGAACGAGCAAGAGGCUCGGCAGUUCCUCGGUGGUUUUGGACUCGUUGGCCCCCUGGCCUUGCAGCGUAUAGGGACGUUGAGUGGUGGACAAAAGGCACGACUUGCUUUUGCCACAGUCAUGCACAAUGCGCCACAUGUCCUGGUGUUGGACGAGCCAACGAAUCAUUUGGAUCGUGAUAGUCUGGAGAGCCUGGCCAAGGCUGUAGAGAAGUUUGAGGGCGCUGUAGUGAUCGUGUCUCACAAUCAGGACUUUAUGUCUCGGUGCGCGAACGAGAUGUGGACUGUAGCGAACCAAACCGUCAAGGUAGAGGUGGCCGAUGGAGAAGUGGCUACCUUUGAUGACUUGUACGACCAAUACAAGGAUGGACUGCGGAAGGAGAUGAGAAAGAAGAGAUAACUGCGGAUUUUCUUUUCGGUACUAGCUAGCUAUAGUAGCGGCAGUAGUCGCACCAGACUAGUUCAGAUCUUCCCAAUCACUGAAGUUUCCAGCACCAGACAUGUAAUAACUGCUCACUUUGGAAUGCAGAUACAUGUAGGUCUAGCUAGACGAAGCAUAAAGUUUGGGAAUCUAUCGGGACCGUCCCUGAAGAAAUACCGGUACCGGUACCGGUACAGGAAUUGUACUGUACCGGUACCUGGUACCGGUACUUUGAUGUUUGAUUGCAUUGACGAUUCCACGCAACUAGACUACUAGAGUACAAUGUCAUGUAAAACUUUUCUCAGAUGGACGCGUUCCCGAAUUUCAUGCCGCUGCAGCUGCCCUUAUCUCUUUUGUGUCUCCUGUUAAUCCUUUGUUUGGCAGAAAGACUGCUCUUUUAGAGAAGUCCAUUGACAAUGUUGAACGAAUCCACAGCAUAGAUUUUCUAAGAGAUUGCACCUGGGGGGUGCCUCAAAUCAAUCUUCUCUGUUUGAAUAUACCCCCAACCACCUGAAUACAGUCAUGCAAGCAAUCGCUAAAAAUAGGCACAACGGACACAAUGAAGCGGCAGAGAAUGGUUAAGAGUGGGUAAAAGUAGGUAAGCGUGGUAAAGAGCGGUGGAGGGUGGUCGAAGACGGUAAACAAACGGUAAAAAAGGCGGUAAAACAGGCGGUUGAAGGUGGUUGCAGGCGCUUGCAGGCGGUUGCAGGCGGUGAAAGAUGGUUAAAGAUGGUUAAGACAUAAAAGACUUAAUUAAAGGAAUUGUCCAAUAAAACAGGAAGGUGGGAGAAGAUAUCAAAUGAAACAACGAGUUGGUUUGAGGCACUCCCCUGCAACCUCAUAGAAAAUAUCAGGUGAAAAACAGGUAGAAAAGAGUCCCAAAAUUCACACUGGCAUGAACAAGAACCCAUCAUGUAUUGCUUCAAGCUUGCCUUUAUUUCCUCAUGAAGAGGUACCGAUUGUAUUUAUUUUGCUUUUGUAUGCAUAAUUGCAGUAAUCAAUUAAGAUUCGCUGUUGGAAAAGGCUCCUUCUAAAUAGAAUCGGAUAUUCUUCCUGUUCAUUCCCAUGCAAGCUAAGCUUUAAGGGGCAAGGUGGGAAGCACAGCUGAAGCUCAAAGAGUCAGAUGCAAAGAAGAUCAGCCCCAGCACCGCCAUCCACGAAGGACGUUGCUUGGCUGUUGCUUCCAUACAAACGAAAAAUCAAAAGAAUAUUUGGUGACAAGCUUGGCUAGCUUCUUGAUAUCUGCAAAAUCUCAAAUCUCUCCUAUUCAACGAUGCUGCGCUCCUUGGAAACCACUGACACUGAGGCAAACAGCACAGGACCGACCAUUGAGUACGGUCCUUUCGAUGAACCCUUGAUCCGCACAUGGGAGCUCGACAGCAACACUACCUACUAUGAUGCUGUGGCAGCAGCUCCUUCUGACGAGAAUCUUCAAAUGAUGUGGUUGGCAUGGACUAUUAUCUUCUUCAGUGUUGCCGUGUUUACCAUUUCAGUCUUGGUCCCCAUUAUGUUUACCCCCAAGACACGCCGUUCACCUUUCAAUCUCUACUUGAUCUACCUGAUGAUCCCUGAUGCAUUCAUGACGUUCGCCUGUGCUUCCAACUGCUUGGCCAACUAUUUGGCAGGCCACUACGUUGACUCUGCAUUUGCCUGCUACUUUCAGUCCUUCUACACUGUCAUCAUGUUUAGCAGCAAUCUGUGGUUGAAUGCAUUAGUAGCCCUGCAGCUGCUCAAGAUGCUCAAGUCAUCACAAACCUUUCGUAGGUACCAACCACCUACCCACAAACAAGUGACAAUCCAAGCCUUCACAGUGUACGCAGGUAGCGCCUUUGUUGGACUAUGGGGAAUUGUCCCGGAUGCUCUUGGUUGGGACUGGUGGCCACACAAGACCCGUCUGACUAUGGGUGCCAUGUGCAUACCUCAACCAUUCAGCCAUGGAAGCAUUGCCUUCUUCUAUGCCAUCUAUCUUCCUGCCAUUAUGCUAAUUCCGUUGGGCAUUGUUGCCUAUGUCUUUUGGGCACUCUUUAGAGGAAACCUACUUCCUCCAGAAGGAAGACGAAGGACUCUGACAAUCUACUUUUUCAGGCUUUCCCUUGCCUUUGUUGUGAUGUGGACACCAACCUUCAUCUUGCUCUAUCUGAUUGGACCAUUGACUCACAGUUGGGCUCAAUGGAGCGGGGCUACUUGGGGGCAUUUUCAAGCCGCUGUGUCAGCCAUGAUUACUCUGUGGAAGCCUGAUAUUUGGGAUUGUGUAAAACAUUUCUAUUGUGGCUGCUGUGAUGUUGAUGGAAACUACGACGAUGAUGACGGUGCAUCAUAUAUCACCAACACCUUCAAGUCAACAACCACUCAGAUUCGAGACACAGCAGGCUCAGUCUGCAGUAGCUUGAGUUUUGGCAAGAGCAAGAAACGAAGUCGGUUUAGGUUGGACGACGAAGUGAAGCAACUCAAGAAGGAUCUAGAGGCGUGGGAGAGGCUCGACGCAACUUCUCAUCAUGAUCACGGCCGCACCACUACUGGUACGGACAUGCUCUCCUUCAGUGAUCCACAGCAUCAGAUUGUGUUGGAGCUGCCAGCAGACGUGAUUGGGGGGCAAAGUUCGGCCCGACACUCAGACGAUAGUUUCUGUGAUUAUGAUGUGGAACAAGAAGCCUUGGAAGGGCAGGCAGCAACGUUGCACCAACAUAGGAUUAUCGACAUUGCCGAACCGUCGCCUGAGACGGUACCGAUAGCACAAGACGAACGCUGAAAUGAGGAAAACCUUGUUGAUGACUACAAUGACGAAGAAGAUGAGGCAGUGAAGCAGCACACUGCUAGAAUAAUUGACAUUGCUGAACCGCAGCUCAUGGGUCCGCGACCAAUAACGCGUGACUGAAAGCACUUCGACAAGUUUGAAACUUGACUCGACUCUGGCGGCUUCCAAAGGACCCGGUCGGAACUAAUUCACAACAAUUCGCAGCAAAGGAGGAAAAUGCAUUAACAUCGGGUUCAUCGUCACUCGCAACGAGUUACACCUUUACAAUUGUACUUUAAAUUACUAGAAGCAACAUGCUUGCUACUGGGUCGUGACUAUUUCCUAAAGUCCAAUGACAACCCCUUUGUGUUCCUUUUGCUUAAUCAUCAAAUGGGUUCGUACUGUUAAGGGGCGUGCCUCUCUGUGGUUUUCCUCCGCCAUACGGCGCUGGAGGUUGUCCGUAUUGUUGCUGCGGCAUUCCGUAGGAAGGCUGGCCAAAGUUUUGCUGUGUCGGUGGUGGUGGGCCGAACGGAUUGGGGUUACCCUGUGGGGGCGCCCCAUACGGGGCUGGUGGUGCUCCGAAUGCAUUCGUGUUGUUGUUGGGUGGUGGAUAGGAUGGUUGUUGCGGGUAGGAGUUCCAAGAUGGCUGUGCGGGAGCAGGUGGUGGCUGCGAGUACA